AUGGACUUCGAAGCUUCAGACAAAGAGAAUGCAACACCAGGUACGGUACACCCACACCGCGCCACGACUUCAUCAUCAAGACAUCCCCUCAUUCUAACCUGUCUACAGCAUCCCCACCCCCAUCAGAAGGGAAACCCCUCUACCCAUCCCUCCCAUUCAACCGGAAAGGCAACAUCGUCAUCAAACACCCCUUCACCACAAUCCCAGCUUCCCACUCCCACUCCCAACCCUCCCCCAACACCGCUCGCAAGCGAUCCCGUCUCGGCAAUCACCUCUCCACCACCCCACCACGUCCCUCCCGCUCCUCGCAGAUCCGAAAGGUCUUCCAAGAUGCAGCCACCUCAUCACCCAAAUCUCAAUCUCAAUCUCAAUCUCAGCCCAUAUUGGACCUCCCGACGACUUCUCCCCCAAUCCCACCGGAAGCGUUGAAGAUCUUUCAGCACUUCAACCAGGCGUUCCGGACUACUCGGGAGGAACCGAGGAGGCAGGAGGAGGAGGAGGAGGAGGAGGAGAAGAAGAAGAAGAAGAAGAAGAAAGCUGUUGCGGCAUCUGGACUUUCUUCGCCGUUGAGGAAUUCCAAGAGUGUGGUUUCCAGCCAUACGGGUGAUUCAGAGGACGAAAGAUUCCAUUUCCUCGUUCGCGAUCAAGAACCCACGGUCGAGUAUCCUCAUCUCCCCGGCGCAAGAACGAAACUCUUCCCGGAUCGCGAACCCUAUCGACCGGCGCGAAGACUCUCAGAGGAGGAAGUCGUGGCAGGGUGCGAGGAGAUUUUGAGCGAAGACGACAUGUUGAAGAAGCACAGCCGCUUUGGGAUGCCGAGUCAUCCUGAAAGUCAUGGCAUGAUUCGUAAGUUUGCCCUUGGUACAAGGUAUACUGACGGAUCCCAAUCGCUGAGCUUCGGAUGAUCUAGUUCAACGACCAAGACAAGAGACCAACAAAUCCAAAUCUCCUCCCCGUUCCAGCGACGACGACGAUGACGGGGAAGACCCUCUCAAUGACCUCGAACGCGCCAUCGCGGCUUCUUUUUCCCCAUCCCCUUCGCGAUCCGAACGCCGCAAGACUCUCGACCUCAGCCUGUCCAAAGUCGCCCCGGCACCGCCUCCCUCGCCAAAGGAAGCGGAUUCUACGGAUUCCUGGACUGGCGAUGAGAUUUUCUUCCCGGGCAAGAAGCCGGCCUCAGUCUGUGCCCAAUCGCCCAGCAGAUCUGCUCGUCUGCACGUAGCGGCUGAGAUUGCCUGUCCACAACCUCAGAGGCCGAUGGGCAAGGACGUGAAUCGGAUCUAG